AUGCGGGCCUCGUUGGCUGCUGGAUUUCGCUGGGCCUUGGGGCCGCUGGGGUCCAGUUCCGCUGGAAACUCAGAGGUCGCUGGUCGCCGCAGAGAAGUCAACGAAAAGCCAAACAAGCGAAGCUCGAUAGCGGCCUCCAAGACCAAGGUGAAAGAUGUGAAGGAUGAAGGUGGAACUGAAGACCUACUGGAGCAGGCCUGGUGUCAGCAAUGCCAACGCCAUGACUUCGGACGCUUCUGCCCCACUUGCGGUCAAUGCUUGGUGCACGAAGUGGUAACGCCCACGGGGCAUUGGAGGUUAGGGUCUACAGACAGGUCUUUGGUGAAGGUGAAACAAGAGAACAGUGAGCCGCCUACGCUGGUCACAAGAGCUGUUCCGCCGAGGAACAGUCCUGAAGCGGAGCCUGCAACACCAUUGUCGUCGCCUUGUAGUGAUGGCAGUGUCUCAGACUUACCGCUUAAAGAGGAACCCUUAAGCACACCACGUGAGAAGCGGCAAGCGAGCCAGCGCUAUUCGGAUGACGAGAGCACUGGUCUUGAACAGGAAGAGCCAUCGCAGUCUCCUGCAGAAGAACUGACGCCAUCUGAAGAGAUGCCAGAAGAAUCGGUGCCAGAGAAAAAUGAGCAGAAGUGCGAAGCAGUGCCCGAAGUGCCCCAACCGAGGCGGGGUAUGUUGUCCAUGCUGCGACCAGAGAAAGCUGUGGAAGCUGUCAGCCCUCCAGAAAUGCCCAAGAAAUCCAAGGAAUGCAAGGAGCUGCCUUGCAGCCCCCGUCCCAAGGGUCGCUUCUUGGCCUUUGUGGCAAAGCGCCGCCACACGCAGCGCGGCACACCGCAGCGCUUUCCGCUGGUCGCAACGGCGAAGCCGUGCACGGCGAUGGUGCCGAUGUCGCCACCCUUGCGACUGGGAAAGGUGCUGCGAAUGCCAAAGAAACGGCUCAGAAGGAAGCAAAAGGCCGAGAUGACUGAAGUGCCAGCCAUGAAGCUGUCAGAAUUCAUGGGCGAAUGUCCCUGCGAGGUCUUUCAAGUCUUUCGCAACUUCGAGGCCACCAACGGCACGGAGCCCAGCGGGGCGCUGGCGCGCCUCAAGGCGGCACGCGAAGUGCACGGAGCUGCCGCCUUGCAGGAGGCCUUGCAGUGCUGCGCCGAGGCCAUUCUUUGCUGCGGGGAUUGCCGUUCCAGCUUUGUACUGGUGGAUGCCUGCAUCGACCUCUUGGGCACGGCCGCUCACGAGGUGGAGAGCGCUCCAGGGCUGCUGGGCUGGUUGGUUCAACGCUUGGGCGGUGAGACGGAAAGCCAGGCCAAAGCCUUGCGCGAUCGCCCUGCCCGGCAGCGUGCGGCGAGCCUUUUGUGGCGCCUGUUGCCAGAGAAGGAGCACCAGGUGUCACGGUUGAUUCUGGAUGCAGCCACCAUGGCCCUGUUGGAUUUGGCCAAGGACAAGACACCGGCGAUCCGCUUGGCGGCCACGCGUGGGUUGAGUAAGAUUCCAGGUGCCGAGACGAAGGCCGCAUUAUUGCAACUCACCCGGGACCCCACCCCUGCUGUGCGUGGCGUUGCGGUGGUCUCCCUUGGGGACUGCGGCACAGGGGCCUUGUGGGAGGCCAGUGCCCGCUGCUUGGAUGCCGUCCUCCGGGUGCGGCUACGCUUCUACGAGGCGGCUGAGAAGCAGGAUGUUGAUGAUUUGCCUCAAGAUGUGCUUCGAUGUGGCCUGUCAGAUGGCAAUGCAGAGGUGCGGGCCGCCUGCCUUUCGAUGAUCAAGGUAUGGGCGGCCCGAAAGGAUCCAGACGACGCCUUGCGUCGCCUGGUGGCGGCUGCGGGCGGUGACGCGGAGAGGGCCCUGCGGGCGCUAUUGGUUCUUCCAGAGUGGGCAACAUAUCGAGACAAGAUGGCAGCCAGGACACCUACUGAUGCCGCUUCAGCCUUGAUUUGGCGCAUCUCAACACAGCUAGCGCCAGAAUUGCCCACUGAAGCGAAACCCCUCUGUCAGCAGGCUAUGGAGGCGUUGCUGGGGGAACACUACGACGUGCUGAGGGAGAUGCUUCGCUUGGUCUUGGAGGAGGGCGAAGGGCCCACAGAAGAGCUGGCAGAGUUGGCGAUGACCGUCCUGCGUCAUUGCCCUGCAAGUUGUGGACCGGUAGAAGGCGCCGGUAGCUUCAACGUCUUCGCCAUGGCUAUGGCGCUGCUUCGGAGGCUUAAACCCAAGGAGGAGUUGCAACUCUUCCUGACUCAGUUAUUGGACGACUUUCGCUACAGUUGUCAGGCUCAGGCCAAAAAGAAGAGCGUAAACUUGAAAGAGAAAACCAUGAAAGCGCUCUAUGUCAUAGAGGCAGCCUUCAGUGCGUUGGGAAAAGAACUUGAAGACUUUGAUCUAGGUUGCAAUCUGCUCGAUGACUGGCUUCGUCCUGCUAUGGACCAAGAUGGAGAACAAAGGGCCUUGGCGUUGAGGUGUUUGGCGCUGUAUAGCUCAAGUAGUUGCGAAGAGGCCGUGAAGCAUUGGACCUUCUUCUUGGAGUUGAUGAAAAGUGACAGGAAGGAUGAGGUGCGGGAAGCGGAAGAUGAAGGAAGGGAUCGCUGCUGGAAGAUGAAGGAAGGGAAGUGA